GUUACUAUGGCGACUACAGACGUUCACGAGUGCGCCUGCGGCGUCUGUCGGGGAUCCCGUGUAGCUUUGCAACAAAUCUUGCGACUUCUGGACGUGUACGGAUGGCUGCUGGAUUCCUACGUAGUGGUCGCUUUUGGUGCGUGAGAGUCUCGGGACGCCGACACGACGGCUUGGCGCUCGCGGGAAAUUACGAGCGCUCAAAGCGUUCAGAAUGUCCAGAGUUCGUCUGAGUACAUUCUGAGCGAAAUAGGAAAGGAGUCUGAGUACUGAUGAGUGUGAUGACACUCCGACCGGAUCGUGUAAACUGCUCUAGAAUCUUCUCUGGAUAACUUCAUUUCAUCAGAUUUCUCUUGGAUCUUUUUUUUCAGGAUUUCUUUCAAGAAAAUUUAUGGGAUAAACUACCGAUAGAAUGGCGUCACAUUAUGGAAGUCGUAACCCCGGAAGAAUUGGGAUCAUGGUUACUGGGAGAAUCUCAGAGCAAACGCUCGUGGCCGCUGACUUUGCUGGCGUUACGGAAAUGUAUAUGGAGUUUUGGAAUUAACAGAGAUCAUGUCAAUCCCAAAAUUAUUCAGUGUCGUAAUGGACUGAACCUGCGCAAGGUCGUAAAUCCUGAUCGUAUUUCCAUGGAAAAGAACGAGAGCAAUACUCGAUCGAGCAAUGGCUGCAACAGUCGUGAGACGCUUUUAAAAUUGCAAAAUCAUUUUACGAAGCACGUCAAGAUGAAGAAACGUCACGAGAUCGAAAAGAUUGCUCAGAUUGCCACCGAUUGCGCAUCUGCUGCGGAUUCUGAACGUAUUGUCGACGUGGGCGCCGGGAUGGGACACUUGGCACGAGUUCUGGCCUACAAAUAUGGAUUGUGUGUUCUUUGCAUAGAACAGCAAGAGUCGCUUUCUCGGAGAGCGAGAGAAUGCGAUGGGGAAUUUUUCAUCACUGUACGCAAAUCGUUGCCUGAUUUUAAAGGAAAGAAACCUGAACACGUUACACUCGAAGUAAAUACGUCGAGCGACACGAGAACGAAGUUACCUGAUUGUAUCAAUGAAAUAUUUAAUAAUCGCUUUAAUGUUAAAGCAGACAGACAAGGUUUUGGUUUUAUAGGUCUCCACCCUUGCGGUGAUUUAGCAGCUACUUUGUUAAGAUUAUAUUCGGAGCAGGAGAAUAUCAAAUUUAUUUGUAUCGUCGGCUGUUGUUAUAUGAAACUUACACUUGAGGAAACCGAAGAAAAGCCAAGAGGAUAUCCGCUUAGCAGGUAUCUUUCGCAAUUGAAAAAUAAUAGUCUAUCGUAUACUGCCUUGGAAGUGGGUUGCCACGCUAUUGAGAGUUACUGCGAUAAAUUGAAGACGGGCAAAAUCGAGGAUUUAAUAGUUCAUGCAUAUAGAGCGGCAUUGGAGAGUAUAUUAGUUGCAAAGAACGAGAAAUUGCGACACGCUCAUCUAAAAAGUGUAAAAGUGACCAGAGGCAUUACUUUUGAAUGGUUGGUAUUAUCAUUAUUUGGAUAUUCUUGUUGCUGUGAUUAUUUUUCAAGAGCGAUGUAUAUUUUUAGCUAUUGCAAGAUGGCUACUGCAAAUUUACCAUCAGAAUAUCAACCGAAUGAUUCGGACUUCAAGAAACCGUGCGUUACAGAAUUUUUAAAAUCUUGGUGGAGAGCCGUCGCCUUUAGUUCUCUACGAUUUAUGUUGGCACCCUUAGUGGAAACUGUUGUUUUACUCGAUAGAUUUUUAUUUCUUUCCGAAAAGAAUUUAGCACCCACGCUUACGCCAAUAUUUGAUCCACGAUUAUCUCCAAGAAAUUUUGUACUGACAUCAAUUAAAUGAGAAGAUAUAUUUUGAAAUCAAUUGAAUAUAGUAUUAAAAUUUGAUUUAAGAUCCUGAACAUAAGUUGUGUUUCGUUGAAAUAAAAUCAUACCGUUUC